CCGGCGAGAACGGACCGACUCAACCGCACGCUAGAGAGAGAGAAAAAAUGGAGCCACGAGCAGUUGCAUCUCUGGAGUACAAGGUAAAAAUGGAAGACGCCCAAGAAAGGGGGCGAUCUGGGAUCACCCCUUGGAUGGCAUACCCGACGAAUAAACGGACCCGACAGACAUUACAUAUACCAUUACUUCAGACACCAGGACAGCCACCACAUCUACACAGAUAUGGACCUGAUGGCACAGACAACACAUACACAACCACCUCACAGGCAAGUGCAUGCACACAGACCCUAGUAACAACGACAGGACACACACUACACCCAGAACCAACCACAUACGCGGAAGCACUUACAACAUCAUCCACGCGCACCCCACAAACUACAACGACAACAACACACCUCGAACAAAAUACUACACCAAAUGGAACAGCCACUUGCAGUAAAUGUUACGGGCUGGUCCGAAAAGAAAAGCUACACGAACACAUACACAUACAUGAAUAGGACCUCAAGCCCGGACACAACCACGCACACACACAUGAACACCAUCACCCACGACUCAAUUAAUGGACAGAAUAAACAAAGGAUUUAAACAAGCAGGAGAACACGAUGCGUAGGUGAAAUGGACACAAAAACACGACUCCAAACCAACACACACUACACAAAAACCCACAGACGAAAUAGCCAUGGCUAUAUACACACUGAAAACAGUACACAUUAACGAAAUACCAACACGAAGACGACAUAGACACACGCACAAAACCACACACGAUACGCCACAACGCCACGAACAUUACACACCCCCACACAAGACCAAGAACACGAAACUUCCCUUCAUUCCCACAAAACCAAAAAAUUAAAACACACGACACACGAUCCGCAAAACAGUCACUACAGACACAAGAACGGACACACUCAGCUAACACCGAGACCGAAACAGACUCGACCACAACCGACUCAGACGCGAGCACAGUAACUGAAGUACACAUACAUACACACAACAAAUCAAUACGAAUAAACACACCGAAACGGAAAAGACAGUUAAAGAAAAAAAAAUUACAGAGGAAAAGAAAAGAACGCACAUCAAAACGAUAAAACUAAAACAUGACACACACAAAUAGCCUUAUACGACAGGACAGCCACUUACGCGACCCACAGACUUCCCCCGGUAGUAGCAUCUAGAUUCAAGAAAGGACGGGCCAGAUGGACGACGCCGGACGGGCGUGAAGAGAGAAAGAAAUAAGCUACACACCUAGUGCAACAUAACACAACACUGCAACACAGAAAUGAACAUAAAAGGAUAAAACGCACAGGCAACACUCGGACAACACUGAAAACUACAACACGAACCUGGAGAGCAACAGGCACAAUUUAAGUACAAAUCUAUGUAACAAUAAGCAGACACAAACACAUAGACACAA